CUGAACGGGGAAAGUGUGCCGGUCCGCCAGUGGCGCUCAAUGGCUUUCAGGGCUGGUUUGCUUUGAAUUUCUGGACUUUUCUCCCCAAUUCGCCCUCCGAGAAGCAGCGAUGGGAAUCCUAUGGAUUGUAUGGAUACUCCCCUCCGCUCUGGCUCUGGAAGAAACCUUAAUGGACUCCACCACAGCGACAGCUGAACUGGGCUGGACAGUGUUUCCUGUAUCGGGGUCCAGCGACAACAGCUGGGAAGAGGUGAGCGGCUAUGAUGAGAACAUGAACACCAUCCGCACCUACCAGGUGUGUAACGUCUUCAGCGCCAAUCAGAACAACUGGGUGCGCACCAAGUACAUCCCGCGGCGUGGGGCCCAGCGCAUCCAUGUGGAGAUGAAGUUUUCGGUGCGGGACUGCAGCAGCAUCCCACGAGUACCGGGCUCCUGCAAGGAGACCUUCAACCUAUACUACUAUGAAUCGGAUGCGGACACGGCCACCAAAUCGUCCCCUCCGUGGAUGGAGAACCCCUGGAUCAAGGUGGACACCAUCGCUGCCGACGAGAGCUUUUCGCAGGUGGACUUGGGUGGACGGGUGAUGAAAAUCAACACCGAAGUUCGCAGUUUCGGCCCCGUGUCCCGGAACGGCUUCUAUCUGGCCUUCCAGGACUACGGAGGCUGCAUGUCACUAAUCGCGGUUCGCGUCUUCUACCGGAAGUGUCCUCGUGCCAUCCGGAAUGGAGCCAUAUUCCAGGAGACCCUUUCAGGCGCCGAGAGUACUUCUUUGGUCGCCGCGAGGGGAGCGUGUAUCCCCAACGCCGAGGAAGUGGACGUGCCCAUUAAACUCUACUGCAACGGAGACGGCGAGUGGAUGGUGCCCAUCGGCCGCUGCAUGUGCAAAGCCGGCCACGAAGCCGUGGAGAACGGCACCGUCUGCAGAGCGUGCCUGUCGGGUUACUUUAAGCCGGCUCAGGGCGACGAGGCCUGCCUGCAGUGUCCCAUCAACAGCCGUACCACCAACGACGGAGCCACCAACUGCGUCUGCCGCAACGGCUACUACCGCACCGACUCCGACCCCAUCCAGAUGCCCUGCACCACCGUUCCCUCAGCGCCGCAGAACGUGAUCUCCAGCGUGAACGAGACGUCCCUGAUGCUGGAGUGGAAUCCACCUCGUGAGAGCGGCGGCCGAGAGGACGUGGUCUACAACGUCAUCUGUAAGAGCUGCGGCGGGGGGCGUGGCGGCUGCACGCGCUGCGGAGACAACGUCCAGUUCGUCCCACGCCAGCUCGGACUGACCGACUCACGCGUCUUCAUCAGCGACCUGCUGGCCCACACGCAGUACACGUUCGAAGUGCAAGCCGUCAACGGAGUUUCAGACCAGAGUCCAUAUUCGCCCCAAUACGCCUCGGUCAACAUCACCACCAACCAGGCCGCUCCCUCUGCGGUGUCUAUAAUGCACCAGGUCAGCCGUACAGUGGACAGCAUCACUCUGUCCUGGUCCCAGCCGGACCAGCCCAACGGGGUCAUUCUGGACUAUGAGCUGCAGUACUAUGAGAAGGACCAGACGGAGUACAACUCCUCCAUAGUGAGGAGUCAGACCAACACAGCCGUCAUCCGUGGCCUAAAACCCGGCGCCAUCUACGUCUUCCAGGUUCGGGCGCGGACCGUGGCAGGAUUUGGGCGCUACAGCGGCAAAAUGUACUUCCAGACCAUGACAGAGGAAGAGUACAACACCAGCAUCCAGGAGAAGCUGCCACUAAUCAUCGGCUCUGCAGCUGCUGGACUGGUCUUCCUCAUUGCCCUGGUGGUCAUCAUCAUCGUGUGUAACCGCCGAGGCUUCGAGAGAGCCGAUUCGGAAUACACGGACAAGCUGCAGCACUACACCAGCGGCCACAUGACGCCAGGAAUGAAGAUCUACAUCGAUCCGUUCACCUAUGAAGACCCCAAUGAGGCAGUGAGAGAAUUCGCCAAGGAGAUCGACAUCUCAUGUGUGAAGAUUGAGCAGGUCAUCGGAGCAGGAGAGUUUGGGGAGGUGUGCAGUGGGAAUCUGAAGCUUCCCGGGAAGCGGGAGAUGUUCGUGGCCAUCAAGACGCUGAAAUCGGGAUACACAGAGAAACAGAGGCGGGAUUUCCUGAGUGAAGCGAGCAUCAUGGGACAGUUUGACCACCCUAACGUCAUCCAUCUGGAAGGAGUGGUGACCAAAAGCAGCCCCGUCAUGAUCAUCACUGAGUUUAUGGAGAAUGGCUCACUGGACUCCUUUCUGAGGCAAAACGAUGGACAGUUCACAGUGAUCCAGCUGGUGGGCAUGCUGCGUGGAAUCGCCUCGGGAAUGAAGUACCUGGCUGAUAUGAACUACGUUCAUCGCGACCUCGCGGCCCGGAACAUUCUGGUCAACAGUAACCUGGUGUGUAAGGUGUCUGACUUCGGGCUCUCGCGCUUCCUGGAGGACGACACGUCUGACCCCACCUACACCAGUGCUCUGGGUGGGAAGAUCCCCAUUCGAUGGACUGCUCCAGAGGCCAUCCAGUACAGGAAGUUCACCUCCGCAAGCGACGUGUGGAGCUACGGCAUCGUCAUGUGGGAAGUGAUGUCCUAUGGAGAGAGGCCGUAUUGGGACAUGACCAAUCAAGAUGUGAUAAAUGCCAUUGAGCAGGACUACAGGCUGCCCCCACCCAUGGACUGCCCCAGCGCCCUGCACCAGCUCAUGCUGGACUGUUGGCAGAAGGACCGCAACAACCGGCCCAAAUUCAGCCAGAUUGUCAACAACCUGGACAAGAUGAUCCGCAAUCCCAACAGCCUGAAGGCCAUGACCCCUCUCUCUUCAGGUGUGCACUUGCCCUUGCUGGACCGCAGCGUGCCCGACUUCUCAAGCUUCAACAAUGUGGACGAGUGGCUGGACGCUAUUAAGAUGGGCCAGUACAAGGACAACUUCGCCAACGCUGACUUCACCAGCUUUGACCUGGUCUCACAGAUGACCAUGGAAGACAUCCUCAGGGUGGGUGUGACACUAGCAGGCCAUCAGAAGAAGAUCCUGAACAGUGUGCAGAUGAUGAGGGCGCAGAUGAACCAGAUCCAGUCGGUGGAGGUUUGACCCCUACAGCCCAUGCUGGACAGUGAGGGAGGCAGGAGUGAGUGGUCAAAGGGAAAUGGACGCUCUGAAGCCCUGAGCUUGAUUUUAUUCUUCUGGACCACCACGUUCUUAAGGGGAUUUUCUCCAGUCCCUUCAUUCAGACUCUCUCAUCUGCCCUCUGGUGCCCCCCCAUCCCCUCCCGAGUGCCCCUUCAAUGGCCCCAUCAACCUGGGACGGUGUUGUCCCGCAGGAAUCAACAAACCAUCGUCUAAACGUCAGGCUUGCUGUUGCAACCGCAGCAAGCCGAACAGCAACGAGCAAUUUCUUUCUUCAUCAACUAAGAGCAUGCUCUUCCUCCUUCUCUCUUAGUUCUUUACUUUUUUCUCUUUCGUUCUCAUCUACGUUCUUUUUAAAGAAAGUUUCUAAAGAUUUUUUUUUAAAGGAAAAGCUACGUGAACACAACACAAGGCAUCUAUAUGAAAGAUAUAGAUAUGUGCGCAAGUGUGAUCUAGGCAGAAUGGAAAGGCUACCCUUUAAAAGGGCCGAGGAAGGAAACAGAGGAAAACCGUACGCUUCUGAGAUUUUUGGGUUUUUCCUUUUUUUAGGUUUUGUUUUUUUUUUUUUUUUUUUUAUUCUAUUUUAUUGGGGAGAUCAUGAAAUAGGAAAACUGACUUCCUGCUCAGCAAAAUAAAAGCGUGGAACCGUAAUCCUCGUGCCGCGGCUGACGGGAGCGAGAAAGGAGACAAAACACCAUGAAAUGGAACUUCCUUUCGGCAGCGAUUACUGCCACGAAGAACGCACGACGCUCCUGAUAUUUUAGCAGUUUUAAACACUUGAACUCAAACAAAACAAAACAAAAAAAAAAGUCUUCUCUCCUAAAUAGUAAUCUUGUUGACAGUGUUGAAUUUGUGAUGAAGAUUUUUUUUUUCUCUCGGCUUCCAUUCACCAUGGGAAAAAAGAUCAUUUUAUUAUUAUUAUUAUUAUUAUUAUUAUUAUUG